AUGGACGAGACCUGGAUCCACCAUUUUGAUCCUGAAACGAAACAACAAUCGAUGACUUGGAAGCGAGCCUCCUCACCGACGCCAAAGAAAUUCAAAGUUUCAAGUUCGGCGGGAAAGGUUAUGGCAUCUGUUUUUUGGGACGCUCAAGGCAUAAUUAUGGUGGAAUAUUUGGAAAAGGGAGCCACUAUUACGGGCUCUUACUACGCAGACCAAAUAAGGAGAUUACGGGAGGCCAUUAAGGAAAAAAGACGCGGCAAACUUUAUCUUAUUACAGCGCCAAAACUACCAGAGGAGGUUACAAAGCAGUCGUUCCGUCUGAAGAUAUGGCGGCACUUGGAGACCAAUGGCCUGGCUAUGUUCCCAAGGCCCGUCUACAACCGUAUACCGAACUUCAAGGGCGCGGCCGAGGCUGCCGCGAAACUUGCCGAGUUAGAUGUUUUCAAAAACGCCAACACUAUCAAGGUCAACCCUGAUAAACCCCAAGAACCUGUCAGGGUUAUUUGCCUAGAAAAGCACAAAACCCUGUACGUGCCAGUGCCACGUCUGCAAAACGGUUUCCUCAACCGAUUGGUGUUACCUGAUGGAGAGACCAGGUUGGGAUCCAUAAGGAAGGCUGUCUCUCGUAACGGAAUGGAGACUUACGGUCAGCCAUUGAGUAUUGAAGAUUCGGUGUCCCUAGACCUCGUCGUCAUGGGAUCGGUUGCUGUAUCGAAGGAAGGAUAUCGUAUCGGUAAAGGAAAAGGAUAUGGCGACUUGGAGUUUGGUCUCAUGAUGCACAUGAAAGCUAUUAAGCCGAAUACUCUUGUUGCGACUACCGUCCACGACUGUCAGGUAUUCGAUACUCUACCCGCUGAGCUGUUCGGGCCCCAUGAUGUUCCCAUAGACCUUAUCAUCACACCAACACAGGUGAUAGAGACUCAACGCAUGAGUCAGAGGCCAGUGGGCAUCUUAUGGCAUCUAUUAUCCAAUCGUCGUAUUCAGCUAAUGCCGGUUCUUGGACAAUUGAGGGAGAUCGAAAUGCUCGCCGGUCGAGCGUGCACGCUGAAGGAGGAGGACACGGACGUGGAGGAGCGCGCGGGCGCGGCGCGGCGCCGCACGCGCCGGCGCACGCGCUCGCACAAGAGCCACAGCGAGGGAGAGGGUAACACGACAGAAGGUGAAGAAGGUAAACCCAAACCGCGUCGCACGCCUCGCCGCCGUAACAGUAAUAAGUCGGUCAGCAAAGAUGGAAAAGAAGGAAAGGAGGGUAAAGACGACAAGCCUAGACGUCCUAGGCGCCCGAAACCUGUGAUUGACUUCUCUGUGAAAAUAUCAAAUAUCGGUCCCAACACUCGAGUACGCGAUUUAAAACAAGCGCUAUCUGAACGAGGCGUCAAACCUCAGGUUAUGGUUUGGAAGGGCUUCCGUGGUUUCUGCUACUUACAUUUCUUCAAGCCCGGUCCACAAAAGGGCGAAGGUGACAACGUACCAGUAGCCAACAUGGAGAGCGUAUUAGCAGCUCUGUCGCAGAUGUCGGUGGGGGGGUCGGGGGGCGCGGACGAGCCGCGCGACGACAAGCCGCGCCUGCUGUGCGUGGAGCCCGCGCCGCCGCGCAGCGCCGCGCCCGCCGAGGUACAUUAAUUCGUGAGAGCCGAAGCGAUCGACACGGAGUCCCAACAUAAUAAUAAUUUCUAAUCACGCAUAAGAACGUUGCUCGCUUUAUUUGCACACGAUAGGGGGCUCUGUCGCAUUCCGAUACUAAUUGUUUUAGCUUUAAGGUUGAUUUUUGUUCGUGUCGUGCCAAGCUGCGGGUUUUCGUGUAGCUAGAAGCGAUGAAUUUCUACUUUAGGACCAAGUAACACUUUGGGAGCCAUACUUUUACUUAUUUUUAUUGCAAAAUAAUAUGUUUUCACUUCAAUAUUAUGAAUUUCGAAAUGAAGUUGUAAUGUUUUUGAAGUCUAAUAAAAGUACAGCGAUCGAUGCUAUUGAUCAUUCGUGAUUGUCAACAUAGAAAUGUCACUUUUUGACAAAUGUCAGUUAUUCUUCGCUUCGUUUAUUUUCUCGUUUUUUUCUCAUUCGCGUGGCACGACACUGUUCGGAGAGAGAGUGAGCUACAUAUAUUUACAAGUUAUAAAUUAUAUCUCUAUGAAUGUUUUAGUUGUUUCUCUAGUCUUAAUAUUAGAUUAAUAUAUAAUUAUAAUAACUAUGUUUACGACUCCUCGUUUUCAAUGCAAAUACUUUAAGCAUUCUUCCGUAAUUGUAAAAGAUGCUAUAUUUUAGUAUAGAGGAGUAGUUUCAUUGAUGGUUUUAUUAUGAAAAAUACUUGAGGGUGCUUUCGUAAACGGAAAUCCGAACGAAAUUUUAUUAAAUUAGUUUGAAAUGGAUUUGAUUAGUUUUAAGAGAUAUUUAUUUUGAAAGUUUUCUCUACGUUCGGAUUUCAGUUUUCAUUCUUGUAUAUUUGUGCCAACUUAUAAUAGCAAUAUUUUUUAAUAGAGUUAGAAAAAGAUUUCUCUCGUUAGUGAUGUGAAUUAAUUCGUACAUAUCGAUGUGGGAAGUUGGUAUAAAUAUUUUUUUAAACUAAACUUUACUUUUCUCAGUAUUAGGCAACGAGUCAUUUUAGUCUCGGAGAGUAAUAUAUACUUCAUAAUAUAUUUAAAUUAUUUAUGGCGAAGGUACUUCGCUAAUCCUAUGGUAUCUUAGUGAAAAAAAAAAACAUGUAUUUUAUAUAUAGAACUGUGGGAUCUGUAUUGAUGUAUUUUUCGAAAUUUUUCGUUACUAAAAUGAGUACAUACUAGCUUCGUAUACGAAAAAAAAAAAUCUAUUUUUCUCAUUUAGUGCGUAAAAGGUAUAUUUUUGUGCGUUUUUGUCGUUAUUAUUUGCAAUACUAAAUAUGUUUUCAUAGAAAAUAUUAUUAGUUGUAAUUUAAGAGGUAUUUUAGAGGGAUCUGAUUGGUAGGUUAGAAGCUCGACAAGAACGUACACAAUGCACUAUAAAAUUUUCAAAUUAUGUUAUUACUGCAAGCAUAAUAGUUUUUUGCCUACGUUGUUAACACUGCUGUGUACUUUUUUUAUUUGUAUUCCUAUAACGUUGAGUAGCGCGCAUGAUGUUUUUUUUUUUGUUUUGUAUUUUUUUUUAAAUAAAUUUAUUUAACACUUGUUUUUUUUUCUUUCCUAUAUAUAGUGAAGUUAAUUAAACUUGAUACUUGAAACUGAAUGUUGUGAUGUAAUACCGAUUAGAAUUGAAAGUCAAAUUAUAUUCUAUUUUUCUAGUGA